GGGCCACGGCCCUGGGCUCUGAUGAGGCUGCUGAGCUCCGCCCUGGCCCUGUGCUGCAGCCCAAGACAUUUCCAGCCAGGGCCGUGCCCUGGGCCACAGGAGGCACCGGGGCUACAAGUGAGGCCGCGCCUUCUGGCUCUCAAGGGGGCUGGCUCUGUUCCCUGGGAGGAUGCAGAGCCUUGUGCCUCGGCCUGAUGGGGCAAAAAUGCCCCCAACAUCCCUCUGUUUGCAAAAAUAAAGGCUUUGCGCUCAUUAUGAGGAAAAGCUGUAUGGGUGGCCUGCAGCUAAUGUUCUUUUGUUGGCUGGACCCCAGUCAAUGUCAGCAGGCAAAAGAAAGGUGUUGCUGAGGAAUGACCUUGGAUCAAGCAAAACAUUUACAGUUCAGGGCAGUCCAUUUGUGCAGAUGGGGGGACGCUCUGGGGGGACAGCUCAGGCCAUGAGCUCACAGCAGGCUCUGGGGUCACAGCAGGCUGAGGUCACAGCAGGCUCUGAGGUCACAGAGGUGCCAGAGCCCCGUGGUUGCACAGCACCACAAGGAGCCAGCAGUCAGUCCUUGAGCACAACUGUUGCGGCAGCAGCGGCGGUGGCAGCAGUGGUGCUGACAUUGGGACAGCGGUGUCAGGACAGUGGUGGCAGCAAGAGCUGGGGACUGGCAGAGGGCAAGGCACCAUGGCCCUUGCUCUGCGCCUCUUCCUCCCGCUCCUCCUGGCCGUGGCCCUGCCUGCCAGGGCUGCCCAGGCUGCUCCGCUGCAAGCGCGGGGAGCAGCUUGGGAUGGUGACAUGGCUUUUCCGGAUGCCCAAUUGGAUGACAGCUUGGAGAAUUCUGUUGGCGAGAUUCUCUUGGAGAAUGCUGGAGGUCCUUCUCCAUGGAAGAACUCAGACACUGGAGACAAGAAAUCCCUGGAGGCAGCCAGACACCUGGACCAGAUGCUGAGUGAUCUGGAGAGACGCCGUGAGAUGAAGCGAAAGGCUGUGCUGAAGGCAGCAUUUCCUGGAGGAAGCAGGGGCCCAUUGGCAGCCCCUGCUGCAGGAAGUGAGGCGAUGCCAGGCACAGUCACAGGAGAUGAGCAUGCUAGCAAGGCUUCUCCAGCAGCUGGGAUGGAAGAUGGUUUGGAACCCUUGGGAGAUUCUGCAGGUGUGUCUGCAGGGAGGACUUUUCAGGCUCCUUUCCUGGUUGCUGCGCACAAGCCCGGCUCCCAUCGCAGGGGUCCGCCGAGAGGGAGGAACAGAUCUACUAAACACAUGAAGUCCCUGGAGGCAUCCAAAGACCUGGACCAGAUGCUGAGUGAUCUGGAGAGACGCCGUGAGAUGGACCAAAGGGCUUUGCUGAAAGCAGCACUUCCUGAAGGAAGCCGUGGCUCUGUGCCAGCCCCCGAUACAGGAAGGGAGGAGAUGCCAGACAGUGCCACAGAAGACAUUAUCACUGAAACAGGAAUAUUUGCCCCGGAUCCAGUGCGCCUCCCAAGAAUUGUCUGCCCCCAGGAUGUGCGCAGGUCCUGCAUGAUAGGCACGGUGGUGACACUGUUCACCGUGCCCCUCGUGCUGAUCGGCUGCUAUCUUGGCAUUCGGAAGCUGUACCAGAGCAGACGGUCAGUUGUUGAUUUUUCUCCACAGCUUUCUUGUAACUCUGCUCAUAGCAUUGGUAGCCUGACUCGUAGUCAUGCUGCACUGGAGCUGUGGCCAGUCCGUGGUUGUCCAAAGAACUCUGCUGAGGGCUCUGCUGCUGCCCAGUGCUUUCAUUGGCCUCUUCAUUGCUGGGCCUUGUCCUGGGGGGCCCGCUGGGGCUGCAGCCAGUGCUGGCUCCCACUGAGGCUGCCAGGCCAAGAGCAGCCCCGGGGGCACAGGGCAGAGGCAGGGCAAGUUCUCAACAGUGUUUGGGCCACACAGCUCAGGACAGGACAGUGCUUAUUUAGUAGCUCAUGUAAAGUUUCAUGGUGACACUGAUGUUACCAGACAAGCAAAUUUGCUGCAGUUCAGUGUUCAAACAAAUCCAACCUGAUGAAGGUUUAGCUUUGGCCUUGAGGCUUUGCUCUUUGUGUGAGCCCUGUUCUGGAUUGAUUCCCACUCAGUCUUGGAGCCUGUUUUGGGUGAAGGCUCAUCCCGGCCCUGACCCUUGGCAGUUCUGGGCUCAAAGGCACCGCCGAGGCCGCACUGCACGUGACUGGGCUUCAGGGCUCCAUUAGCAAAGGGCUUUGAGAAGUUUAAAUUACUGUAUUCUUACUCUUUGGUUUUCUUUAUGGAAUUCCUUCCCUUUUUUUUAAACUUAGUUUUAAAAAAGCAAAUUCUU